UUCUGCAAAACUAGGGUUUCUGCAAAACUAGGGUUUCUGCAAAACUAGGGUUUGAUUGAAAAUGGCGGAAUUUCAGUUGUAUAACACUAUGACGAAGCAGAAGGAGAUCUUCAAGCCGAAAGAGGCAGGCAAGGUUGGCAUGUAUGUCUGUGGCGUCACCGCCUACGACCUCAGCCACAUCGGCCACGCUCGUGCCUAUGUCGCCUUCGAUGUCCUCUUCAGGUACUUACAACACUUAGGUUAUGAAGUCAAGUACGUACGGAAUUUCACUGAUGUUGAUGAUAAGAUAAUUCGGAGAGCAAAUGAGCUUGGGGAGGAUCCAUUAGCUCUGAGUAGCCGCUACUGCCAAGAAUUUAUUGAUGAUAUGGUUGAUCUUCAGUGCCUUCCUCCUACGCAUCAGCCACGUGUUUCUGAACACAUGGACCAAAUCAGGGAUAUGAUAGCUCAGAUUAUUCGUAAUGGUUGUGCUUAUGAAGUGGAAGGGGAUGUGUACUUUUCUGUUGAUAAAUACCCAAAUUAUUGCCAAUUAUCUGGACGGAAGCUAGAGGACAAUAGAGCUGGUGAACGGGUUGCCGUUGAUUCAAGAAAGCAAAAUCCUGCCGACUUUGCAUUGUGGAAGGCUGCCAAGCCUGGUGAGCCAAGUUGGGACAGCCCUUGGGGUCCUGGAAGACCAGGAUGGCACAUAGAAUGCAGUGCGAUGAGUGCUCAUUAUCUGACUUAUUCAUUUGAUAUUCAUGGUGGUGGAAUGGAUUUGAUCUUUCCGCAUCAUGAGAAUGAGCUUGCCCAAAGCUGUGCUGCCUGCUCGGAUAGCAAUGUGAGUUAUUGGGUGCAUAAUGGGUUUGUCACUGCAAAUGAUGAGAAAAUGUCGAAAUCUCUUGGGAAUUUUUUCACUAUUCGUGAGGUUACCAAACUUUACCAUCCUCUGGCCUUGAGGCAUUUCUUGAUGGGCACACAUUAUAGGUCUCCUGUCAACUACUCAAUUUCACAGAUAGAAAUUGCAUCGGAGGCUGUUUUCUACGUGUAUCAGACAUUACAAGAUUCUGAGGAUGCUCUGUCACGGGUUAGAGAAGGAAACCAAAAUGAGGGAAGUGAACCACAUGGCAGAACAGCUCGGAUUACUCCUGCUGCCAAAGACUGCGUUAAUAAACUACGCAGUGAUCUUGAGACUAAACUGUCAGAUGAUUUGCACACACCAUAUUUAUUGAAUGCUACUCUCCAAGAAGCUUUGAGAUUCAUGAACAGUUCUUUGAACCUGCUCAAGAAGAAGCAACCGAAACAACAACAAUUAUCAACGAUUCAGUCCCUCACUGAACUAGAGAAGGAAGUCAAGGAAGUUUUGUGCAUCCUGGGAUUGCUGUCAACUUCAACUUACUCUGAGGUUCUUCAGCAGUUGAAAGAAAAAGCACUAAAGAGAGCAGGGUUAACAGAAGAAGACAUAUUGCAGCUGAUUGAAGAAAGAGCAUUAGCAAGGAAGAACAAAAAUUUCUCCAGAGGUGAUGAGAUUCGAAGUGAACUGGCUGCCAAGGGCAUUGCUCUUAUGGAUGUGGGCAAGGAGACAAUUUGGAGGCCAUGUGUACCUGUUCAAGAACAGACAUCUCUACCAGUUGCAAAAGACCAACCAUCUGUGCCAGGUAAACAAGAAGAGCUGGCGCCACCUGUUUCAACUUGAUGAUGUGCAGGCCUAAUUUAGUAAUUUGGUCUCCAUUUAUAUGAUCCACAAGUUGUCUAAAUUAGGAAUUAUGAAUUGAUUCCAGAUAUCAUAUAUACUACAACUGAUGUUACAGUUGGGAGUUUCACUUUUUACAACCCUUGUUGGGUUUUGAAGAUGCCAUGGGGUUUUCAAUUGUACCCUCUUUGGCUUUAUUUUGAUGACCAUGAGCUGGAGAAAACAGUGAGAAACCAGAAAUGUUACUUCUAUACCUGUUAUUAUAGGUCCAACUAACUGAAAUUGAAUGGCACUAACUUUUGAGAUGGGUUACCGAUGCCAGCUCACGCUAAAACUUGUUUUGUUUUAUUGCGUGGAUUGAAUUCUGACGUUUACUCUAUCAGGGCAUUCAUUUGAAAGGGGAAUCUGUAUUUUAGUCCUCUGAAAAAGGUUCUAGUUUUAUUGUAAAUCACUCUUGGAAACCUAGAUAUGGACUAUUAUUUGUUGAUCAAACA